UGAUAUCCUUGAUUGGGUAUAUCUUAUAGUCACAGUCAGAGGGGGUACCACUUUAAUUGCAGAUAAUUACUCAUUGGGUUUAUCCUAGCUGUAUUGUGCACGAUGUAGAAAGACAUGUAGCUACUGUAUCAAUCUCAUCUUCAAAUAAAAUAUCAUUGAUAUAAAUUCCCCUGGCCUGACCAUUGUUAAGAUGUUACUCAAAGCAGAUACCUAAGCGUAAAAUUGGCGAGUGGGCGAGGACGUAACCGUAUUGAAAUAUCGAGGCUUAGGACUGGUAAGCAGUCUGGGAUAAUUCUGCGUGAUGACACGGCACACAGAGUGACAACGACGUUAAUUGAAGAUCUAAGGGAGUUAGGAUGAGUUGGAAUUUCCUGCUAUCACAUUGGACUUCAAUGACGAUUAUUGCCAUAUCAAUAUUUUUCCCGAUUCAAUACGUCACAACAUUAUAUGCAGACAAAUUAAAUCAAAAUGGUGCGCUUCCAUUACUAGUUGAAAGUUUCACAGAAAAAUUGAUACAUGAACUGUCAAAUAGAAAAAUAGAUGCUCUCUCUGAAGGGCAGGCAUACUUCAUUAAAGACAAAUUAAAAGGACUUUACACGUAUUUGCGACAACAUCCAGCCUUAAUGGAAAGACGCUUAUACGUCGGCUCAGUACGACCCUCCACAACGUAUACGAAUAUUAGCUUUAAAAGAUCAGCAUCUAAUAAUUACUAUAAUCAUAAAAAGAGAGAUAACAAACCCUUUUACAAUGUGCAUCAAAGUGAUCAAAGUUCGCCAAAAAGCGCAUAUUACGGUUAUGAAUCAACCGUCAAACGGUAUGAUGAUGCUGAUAAUUACGAUGCAACUCCACAUGCAUUUGCGGCCUUUGCCCAACCCGUGUGCCCAUCAAGAACGGAGUGGAGGCUGCUGACACGAGCCAGGGAUAUCAACGAGACUGAGGUGGAGGUCUUCCAGCCACGGAGAGGUCUCGGGGGUCAACAAUGGUUCUAUACAGUGUCCUGCGUCGAUGGGCAUGUGCUCCCUGGGCGUGCGUGUGACAAUUGCUGUUACGGAAUCGACCAGCAAACGUGGCGAUCUAGCUGUAAAACUAAGAAGUCCUAUGUGAUGGCUUUGAUCAAAACGCCUUACAAUCAUAUGUUUGACUGGGGGUGGAUACAAAUAGACAGCAGCUGUAGCUGCAGUAUUGUACCUCAGCUGUAA